AUGGCUGAUCGUGCUGUUGGCCCGCCUCCGGGCUUCGAAGACGUGGGCUCGACCGAGCCACCUGUGGCGAUGCCGCCAACACCUACCUUUGGGGGAAGUGAGAAGCCGGAGUCCGACAAGGACCCCAAGUCCGGCGAGGGAAGUGGUGAUCCUAGCCACACGUUUUCUGACAGAGAUGUGAAAGGUGCCGAUGACGGGCGCCACGAGGGAAGUGCCACUCAGCGAGAGUGGCCAAGCGGGAAAGACACUACCCCGCCGGGGAAUGGCGGACCAGUGUCACACGGUGAUCAUGGCGCUACGGCUCCGAGAGCGGAUGGCAGCGACCCUUGGCAAGAUGGAAGAGAUCCGUGGCACAAGGGCAGCCAAGAUGCCCAGUGGAACUCUGGGUGGAGCGCCACGACGGCGCCCACCGUCAGCGACGACGGCUGGGGAAGGAGGUCCCAGCGCGGUGGCCGCGAUUGGGGUCGCUGGGGCGGCGGCCAUCGCGACGACCAUCGAGGAUACGAUCAGGGAGGAUAUCACGACGGUCCCCGGGCAGAUGGUCGAGACCGCUGGCAUCGAGGACCCGAUACCGGAGGACACCGUCAAGGAACUCCCUGGGCGGAUGGUAGAGACCACCACCAUCGUGGCUAUGAUUCAGGACCGCAUCAACCCGUGCUGUGGACAGACGGAUGGGACCCGAACGCGAGACUACGAGAACACGGAGAUCUCACCCGGUGGAACGAAAGCGGGGCUCUCCACCGUUGGAACGACGGCCACCCGCCGAGCUCUGAUCCUGGGUGGUCAGACAGCCGAGCCUAUGAUGAUGGAUCCCAGACUGGUUGGAGUGGAUGGCACGGCUACGGGGAGCAAGUUGCGGGGCCCAGGCCGACCGAGAAGGUGACGGUCCCCACGUUCACGGCAGAGGACACCGAAGACCUCGGCAAUUCAGCACGCUCUUAUUUGCGGCAGAUCGAAGUUUGGAAGAGAAUAACGAGGUUGCCUGCAAACCAGUUGGGGUUAGUUCUCUACCAACACCUUGGUGGAAAAGCUUGGAUUGCUGCAGAAGAACUGUCGGUGCCGAGACUCAGUUCAGGUGAAGGCCUGCAGUACUUCACAAGUUGGGUUGCAGCUCGUUUCCUAGACCUUGAAGUCGCCCGCAUAGGACGUGCCUUUUCAGACUUCUUCCGCAAGCUUCGCCGACGACCAGGUCAGACCAUCCGGGAGUAUAACACCGAGUACGAUCGACUCCACGGUCGCCUGAGGGAGGUCGGCUGCUCUCUCCCGGAGGAGUGCGCUGCAUGGUUGUACCUGGACAGAUUGCAGUUGGAUGAGCCACAAGAAUUGAAUCUGCUAGCGAGUGUCGGGAACAGAUACAGCCUUCACCACUUGCAGCAUGCAGCAGUGCUCCAUGAUAGAGGGCAACGCAAACCCUGGGAAGCUGGGAAUGCCAGGCCGCGUCGGACGAACUUCGCCCACAUGACGGACCACGACUACGACACCGACGGCGAGGACCCUUUUGACGGCGAGGAUGGAAUACCGGAGGACGUGGCCGAGGCGUUCAUGACUUGCCAGUCGGCCAAAGAGCGCUACAGGGCCCAGCAACGGGGCCGUGGAACCACGAGUGGCGGAGAAAGGGGAGGCAAGCCCGACGGGCCGGGCGAUGAGCGCAAGCCUGGUGAGACCAGGGAUUCGGAUCGCGAGGCCAAGCUGAAAGCUAUGAAGGCGAGGAGCUUCUGCGGAGGGUGUGGACGAAAGGGGCACUGGCACAAGGACGACGCCUGUCCUUUGAACAAUAAGCCGGGCGCCCAGCCGAAGAGCGACGGCAGCGCUAAUGUGGCAAUGACUACGGUGCUCCCUGCCGACGUCUACACCCUGAAGCACAUCCCCAGCAAGCUCCUCGGGGUGGCGGACACGGCGUGUGCCCGAACGGUGGCGGGGACCCAGUGGUUGCAGUCCUACGCGAACCUCUUGGCCGAGAUCGGCCAGAAGCCCACCUUGAUGAAGGAGUGCGAGGCUUACAGGUUCGGCACGGGCAAGGUCCACUACUCCUCGUUCUACGUGAUCGCGGCUUUCAGGCUGGGCGGCUACAACAUCCAGGUCCGGACCUCAAUCAUCACCGGGGACAUCCCGCUCCUCUUGAGCAAGACCGUGCUAGGAAAGCUGGGCAUGAUCUAUGACGUCCAGAAUGGGAAGGCCGAUUUUCGGGCAAUCAAACUCUACGACUACUUGUUGACGACUACCUCAUCUGGACACCCGGCUAUCCCGAUCGUCCCUGUCAAUUUGAUGCCCGGCGAAAUACAGAUCGAGGACCUACGACUCCAGCAGGCUGAGCAAUACAUGUCCGUCCUUGCAGUAGCCCAUCAAGCACCCCAAAUCCCGAAGUACUCUGGUAUCUUCUACGACAAGAAACUCGACCCCAGCACCCGUGACAUGCUGAGCCAAGAUCGUCUUCAACGUGAUACUUUUCUCGUGUGGUGGGAGAAGUGCAAUCUUGAUCGGGACUUCUGGUUAGAGACGCAGAAUAUGUGGGUCAGGGUGCAUAUGGUUCCUCGAAGGGCAAUGUUUAAUCCCUCAACCUGGCGUACGGGUUCUACGGUCCUCAGGGAUAUGCUCGUCUCCACAAUCGGCGCAGUUCGCAUGACAGAGUGCGUGUGUUGCAAGACUGGGGCAUGGAUAGAGUCCACGGUAGAUCAAUGGGAGCAUGGCCAAGUUGAUCAAACCACAUUCCCGUUGCUUUGGAUCGGCAGAACUGUGUUCUACAAAGGCAUGGACUCCGCGGAAUGCCGCGCCAAGGAGACGCCGAUCAGCCGGAUGACCAAGGCCCAGUUGCUGCAAGAAGCUCAACGUGUGGGGGCGGUCGUGCAUCCUACGUGGACGGUGAUAGAGCUGAGGGCGACGAUCCGAGACCAUGUUUCGACCUACGGGGAGAAGACGGCUGCGGACCAGAUGAAGGGGCUGAGCUCGCUUUGCCUCGCCGACCUGAGCAAGAAGGCCGCCGAGAUGGGCGUGAUGGUGCCGGACAGGGUGACGAAGGGGAACCUACUUCGUCUUGUGAGGUCUACGGUGAGUUCGACCGGAGAUACCAUCAUGACCAUCGGCCGAUGGAAGGGAAGCCUGUUCCGGGACAUCCCGGACUCCUACGGGAGCUGGGCAGUGGCGGAGACCGCCCGCUCGGAGAACUCGUCGCCGGAGCUCGUGAUGUACGCCCGCUGGUGGCAGGAGCACCAACACUCCAAGUCGAACAAGGUGAAGAUCUACGACGAGGACAGCGAGGCGGAGGACUCCAAGUGGAGCCAGCGGGCAGCGACCUCAUCGAAGGGGUCUUGGGACGAAGUGAGCCUCACCCCGACCAAGGGGUACACGGGCAAAGGGAACACGAAAGCUACGCCCAAGCGCCCCAGCAAGGACCUCAUCGGCAAGGACAAGAAGAUCAUGGACUCCCAGCCGGACCAGGACGUCCUCGACGAGAUCCAGGCCCUCGAGACGAAGCUGGCGCUGUUGAAGGACAAGGCGAGAGAUCGGGAAGUCUGCUGUUGUGGAGCUGUUCGUGAGCAAGACUGUAUUGCAGAGAGCGACUACGUCAGGGGAUACCGGAACAAGGCUCUGGGCUACAACACCAAUGCCGUUCCCGACAACAAAGGUGGAGGAGUGUGCGGACCCCUAGCUGCGGAGGCCUACGACAACAAGCACCACGAGCACUACGACUACGGCGCGCCCCGUGAUGGAGCGCGCGGCCUACGACAGCUACGCUAUGGCGACUCUUCUUUCAAUUGGGCCGACACCUCCUACAGAACUGCCAGCGCCUCCUCGAGAACACCCUGGACCACGAUGCGGUUGUCCAUUUCCUCAACGACUUUGGCAAGAAGUGCUUCGGCGAGAAAGCUACGUGACUUCAAUAUCGGGGCCCUCAACCACACGGUGACGUUCGGGCAGCGAGCUGGAGGAGAUCUUUGGUUGGAGGAGGACAUCGAUGAAUCGAUGAGAAUGCCGCCAACAGUAACGGAGAAGCCGUUGUCCUUCGAUCCCUUCCUGCGCCAUUCCACCGGAGCUUGGGACGGAGAUCGCUGGUGCCUGACCUACCACACCGUGCGGGGCAUCAAGGAGGUCGGAGGAGAGAUCAGAAAGUUCCUUCGAGGCUGUGGGUUUCCGUUGCCAAAGGCCCCGCGGGAAUCGAGAGGACCGAGACCAAAACCCGCAAAGAGCGAGCGCAAGAGUAUCAUGAAUGCAGCAGGGAAGCUGAGCGUGCUCAUGGCAACGUUUCUCGCCGCCGCCGGGACUUUCCUCAAUGAAGUACAGGACCCAGUCCCCGAGUACGACCCGAUCGUGAUGAUGGAGAUCGGCGGCUACGAGGGCACGAUCGAGGCGACCGAGCUGAACAAGGCGGUGAUCGAGCCCAUCCUUUGGCCGGACUAUGAAAAGCCCGACGUGCAGGAGAACGCGUACCACUUCGUGAAAAGGAGCCAGUCCUAA